CUAAGACGCCGUCCCCAAGUCUACCAGUGACAACGGCGAUAUCUGGGCCCCCUUCCCAGGCAAUUGGUGGGUACGACCAUUAUUCCGCGAUGAAUCCGGCGCCUCCAGACAUGUACUAUCAACCGUCUCACAUGUCCGCUGGUCCAGCACCGCAACCCCAGACUGUAACAUCUAAUGCCUUGCCUCAAUACGGCCAUCAACAGCCGACACUAUUACAACCGGGACCGGCACAGUACUCUGCUCCUCCGUAUCAGUAUGGCUAUGCGAAUGGGUUGACAUCUCCUCAGUCCGCGCCCCCAGUCUCUGGCUCUAUGGGUGCUCAGAAUGUUCUGCCCCUUCCAGGAGUGGCGACUCAAGGGGGCAUGCAGAACCAAUACCAAGGUUUUGACACGACAGGCCAAGUUGCGCCGCCGGGGAUGAAACCCCGAGUCACUGCUACUCUUUGGGAAGAUGAAGGUAGCUUGUGCUUCCAAGUAGAGGCACGGGGGAUUUGUGUUGCGCGUCGAGAAGAUAACCACAUGAUAAACGGAACGAAGCUCCUUAAUGUUGCCGGCAUGACACGUGGUAGGAGAGAUGGAAUCUUGAAAAGCGAAAAAGUGCGCCAUGUGGUAAAGAUUGGGCCAAUGCACCUCAAGGGUGUUUGGAUUCCGUUCGAAAGAGCUCUGGAUUUUGCUAAUAAAGAAAAAAUCACCGAGUUAUUAUAUCCUCUCUUCGUUCACAACAUUGGGGCUUUAUUAUAUCACCCCACAAAUCAAAACCGGACCAACCAGGUGAUGGCUGCGGCCGAACGCCGAAAACAAGAGCAAAACCAGAUGCGCAAUGGGCCUGGUCCUACACCUCCUGGUGUCUUGCCGUCGAUACAGCAGCACCAUCAUCAUAUCGGACUUCCUGGUCCUCAAAGUUCGCUCCCGUCGCAUAACAAUACAGGUCGGCCUUCGCUUGACAGGGCUCACACGUUCCCAACGCCGCCUACGAGCGCGUCAAGCGUAAUGGGAAGCAUGGGUGCAUCUGAAAGUUUCCAGUGGGGCCAACAAGGGAUGAGUGGUGGACAAGGUACUAAUCCCAUGUCUAUUGACACAGGCCUUAGUAAUGCAGCACGUUCAAUGCCAGCAACGCCAGCAACUACACCGCCUGGCACUACCUUGCAAAGCAUGCAGCCCUAUUCUCAAGCCGGUCAGCCGUACGACAGCUCUCGCGCUGUGUAUAAUGGCCAAGCUCCUCAGCAAUCACCUUAUCCCCCAUCGAAUAGCAGUCCACAAGACAGAAAUAUUUAUGGCCAAACAAGUUCUUACCUUAAAAGUGAGAUGGGACCUCCAUCUGGACGGCCAACAGGUACGGGACCGAGUGAGCCUCCGGAUGUAAAACCAUCAAAUGGGAUGAUGCAACAUAGCGAUGGCGUGUCUCACCCCUCUGGUGAGGACGAAGCAGAACAUGAGGCCGAAUAUACGCACGAUAGCGGAGCCUACGACGCCAAUAGAACGUCGUAUAGCUAUAAUGCACCACCCGUCACAGCGUUGCCGGGUGAUCAUCAACAUAUGCCUCAGGAAAUGACGGGCUCACCAAAUCAUCCAGCUGGGUCGGGCCGUGCAACGCCUAGGACCGCUGCACCACCACAACCCUAUUAUACCCAACAAACAGGAUAUAGUACGCCACCGCGUGCGCCCCCUUCCAGUAACCUUUAUAAUGUAAUGAGUGGUGACCGGGCGCCCACCAAUGGUGCGCCGGCGCCAGAUGUUUAUAGCUCUCAGGGUGAUAUGGGCGCUCCGAUGCAGAAUGGGUACGCCGCCCAGCCAGUCAUGAACGGCGGACCCGGUGCCUUGAAGCGAGGCCGCGACGACGAGGAUGAUCUACCCCGACCGUCCAGCGGUGGAAUGGACUUGAAGCGUCGGAAAACGGUGAUUGAUGGUCCCAUGCCUACGCCCGGAUACGACACCAUGAACCGUCCGGCUUCAGCAGUGUCUCGCCGGCGAUAACGUCGACCCGAUUAUUCGGUAGGCUAUUGAUGAGUUCUUCUACGCAUUAAUUUCGGUGUUUGGGCACUUGUGCGAGACAUGAUUCUAUCAGGAUGAAUCACCUUCGCGCCAUAGAGUUCGACGCCGACUACGAGAUACACAUACACACACUCCUUUACUUAUUAUUCCCUUCAAAAUCAUUUGUAUUCG